AUGUGGCCAGUGCUAGCACCUGUGACCAUGCGAUCCUUCUUCUCGGUCACGGUCUUGGCGCUCAUCUGGCCGGCUGUCAUAGCGAAAGAUAUCGAGCCUUGUCAGCGGUUUGCCGAGAUGCUACUGGAAGGUCGGUCAAAAACAACCCUGGAGAACCCAUACAACUACCCGGCCGAGGUGCUUGUGGACGCUGAGACUGCUUACCAAUGUGCAACCUCCAUCCCGAUCCGCAAUGAUCAUGUUGUUUCGGUUAUCGGCCGGUUCAAGAAGAUGCUUUCCAUGUACUCUACGCUGGGCUUCCUGAAAAAUCCGCCAGCGUCUUACCAACAGCCACCCCUCGAUGUCAUAGCAUACUUGGAUAGCCUAGCUGAGAAGGCGAAGCAAAACCAAUACGCAAAUUUCUAUGAAUAUGAGUCAGAUCUAUCUCUUAUGGGUUAUCAAGUGCAUGAUCAGCAUUUCCGUCUCCGAAAUGGGGGCAUGUUCAAGUUCCGAUGGCAUCUCCCCGAUGAUAUUGUAUCCGUCUCCAGAGAUGGGAAAGAGUUGCCUCAAGUCUACGUCUACAGUGAUAUCAGAAGAGAUGUCCCGUCAGCUUCACCGAUCGUCGAACUUGAGGAGGAGCCUGUUUUCUCUUAUCUCUCGAGAUACGCGCAAACCAAAUCUUCCAUCGGGCUGCUUGAGCCCCAUGCGGAGUGGAACGCCCUGAUGUACAAUCCGGCUGUUGAGUUUGGUACCUGGGGUAGCCGCAACGGCAGCUCCGUCUAUCAGUCCGAGUUUCGAAGCACAUCAUCGUAUAACGGCAAUUCCAUCAAAGGAAAGUUUGCGAAUGGAACUGGAUUUGAGUGGAAAUACAUGGCUGGCUCCAAAGCUAUUUAUAACCUGACAAAAGUCUCCAGCGGGAAGUCAAUCUACGAUAAUUGGAUCUCUUCUGAUAAGAAAUCUAGAAUUCGGGAGACUAGAGAAAACGAAGAGAUGCGCAAGCUGUUCUCGAAGAAAACAACAGCAUUCGAUCCAGUGAGCUCCGUACCAUAUCCAAGCUACCCGGAUGACCCUAUCGUGGUUCAGAGCAACUUUUCAAGGGGCGGAACCGUCUCGGGAUAUCUCUUGUCUGACAAUUCUACCGGUGUACUGAGCAUCCCAAGCUUCCUGGCUGGGACUUACAAGGAGUCCCCAGAAGAACUUCAUACGGCCGUCGCUGAGUUCAUUGCCAAGUCUCGCGAGGCUGGAGCGAAGAAGAUAGUCAUCGACCUCUCAGGAAACCGUGGAAGCUUCCUCUUUCUCGCUUACGACACGUUUCGCCAGUUCUUUCCGAAAAUGGACCCAUUUUCUUUGGCAAACUCACGAGCCAGCAAAAACCUAAACACUAUCGGUUCUGUGUUGUCCCAAAUCGCAAUGGGCUCUGCCGAGUCCUUGACGGGCCCUCUCAACCGUACAAUGGCGCAACAGCUCGGGGCUGGAGACCUGGGCAUGUACGGCACGCUAUCCAGGGAAUCCAAACCUUGGAAGUCUUGGGAAGAAUUAUUUGGGCCUGUUACUGUCAAUGGAGACAACUACACCAACCCCUGGAGAUACGAUUUCAACUCAAGCCGAAUAAUAGGACAGCUCAAAUUCAAUAUGACCGGAUAUGAAGAUAACCACAGGGAUUACGAACAAGCUUUCGACCCCAAAGAUAUCAUUCUUCUACACGAUGGACAUUGCGGUAGUGCCUGCUUUAUCUUUUCCAAUUUGAUGAAGAAUAUUGCCGGCGUCAAGAGUGUUUCAGUUGGCGGGAUGCCUGUGAACGGACCAAUGCAAGGUGUGGCGGGCACGAGAGGUUGCCAAGUGAGGCAGUCCACCGCCAUUGCGAAAAUAUCUCUUAUGAUUAAGCUGGUCCUAUCCGACACUAAGAACCGAAGUGCUGAGGCCGUACGCUCCAACCUAGGCGUUACACGUGAAGAAAUCGAGUCCCUCCCGUUACCCGGGGGCUCUCCUUGGAGAGAUGUCAGCGCAGGCAUCAAUACCCUGAACUGUAUCCCUAGAUCCGACCCUCAGAUUCCAUAUCAGUUUCUAUACGAGGCCUCGAAUUGUAGGCUAUUCUACACGAUGGAUAUGGUUCGAGAUGUCACGCAUCUCUGGAAAGCAGCCGCCGCGGUUGCUGGAGGAUAUACAUCAGCUUGUGUCCCUGGUUCUGUAGAAGGACCCGGCUCUAAGCCUAACAAACCCCUCUAUGCCUCCCCUGGAAUUUCGUACGCUGAUGUUUGGAGAAAUGGCGAUUGGUCCAAGCUGCCACGGGAUGAGCCAAUUGAGAAUAACGGAGGGUUUUGCAGUACGUCGAGAGUCGGAGGCUCUGUCCGCGUGGCGGCAGCGAUCUUCGCCUUUGCAUGGCUGCUAUAA